GUCACUGCAGUGACUCUGUAUACCAGGCUACUCGAUCGCUGAUGGGCCAGAAGGCUUUACGAGCUCCGCCACCAAUUCCAAGGUUGUGUUGUAGUGGCUACAUACUAUGGGAGCUAUAACGUUCCUACAACAUGUCGGCAAUACCACAGCGCCACCAGACGAGCGCCUGCUAAGCGCUGAUCUAGCGAGCUUUCCAUAGACUGAAACAUCCAUUCAACCAAAUCACGCUUUACACUGAUCAUCACUCGACAGCUUCAUCAUUGCACAAUCUAAGUCCAAGUUUCGAUUCAAAUCUUCUUAGUACUUUCAGUUGGUUCAUUGUAUCUCGCAUACAACAACCUUCGUCAAUGGGUGACGAUCAACUUCUUGAAGGAAUUUGGGAGAAACUCUCCCAGGUUGCCGUCAAAGGUGCCCAAUACAACUCCCGUGAACGUCAACCCCACCCAAAAUGUUUGAAAGGGACCCGGGUUGAUCUCCUCAAAUACAUCCACAAAUUACUAGACGACCCAGAGAAGAACCACCUCAUCUGGCUGCAUGGAACGGCUGGCGUCGGAAAGUCUGCUGUUGCGUUUACAGUUGCUGAAACAAUGAAAGGUAUGAAAGUAAACGAAAAGACGAACAUUGAAAAACGGCUAGCGGGAACAUUCUUUUUUUCGCGCAAGCACACCGAACGUCGCACGGCUGGAUAUUUAUUUGCGACACUUGUCUACCAGCUUUCCACCAAUUUUCCAAGCAUCCGGAAGGAUGUGAGCAGAGCGAUUCGCAACAAUCCUGCUCUACUAGACCCAGACACACCUCUCUGCGACCAGAUGGAGAAGCUCUUUCUUCCAGCUCUCCGUGGGCUUCACCUCAGAUUGCGCGGGUGUCAGCCUUUGACAUUUGUUGUCGAUGCGCUUGAUGAA